AUGUUAAGUUUAAGAGUAAUUUUAGCUCUAAAUACAUUUUUGUUUGGAGCUCUAUAUGGAGAGUGUGCUCGAUCGGUGCCAGAACUAAGCAAUAAUAAUUUAAAGAAUUCACUCAUUGAAGCUCAAUCGCUUGGAAGAAUCGUUAACCGACAAAGCCAUAAGGAAAUAAUAGAUCAAAAAAUCGUACAACAAGACAGUUAUGGAAACGAUAUAACUCGGUCUUCGAAUAUUGAUUCAGGGUAUCCGUGUGUCCAUGGGAUACCUCAGAUGAACGUAAUUGAAAUUCCUCCAGUUACACAAACAGAGUUUGAAACUCAAAUCACCAGUCACUCAACUGUUUCAGCGGGAUUUCCAAUGCAAAUUCCGAAUCCACGUCCAGCUCAGCAUAUUCAUUACCAUUACCUCGUUCCGAAUGAGACUCCUACAAGACCUAGCAUAACUUAUGCAUCACAUUCGGAAUUAAAUCUAGAAAAUAAAAAUUUUGUGGCCACGGCAACCCAGUCAUCGCACAUAUAUGAGCAUUACGAUCAGCUUCAAUAUAGCAAUCAACCUUUAUACUCCCAUGCGGAACAUAAUGGAAAUCUUUACGAUUCACCAGAUGAGCAUCAAGCUCAAGGAUCAGAAAAUACAUCGUUUUAUGAAUCGAUAAGAAGUCCGAUCGAAACUUUUAGAAAACCUAUUCCAAGUCAUACGCAAGACUCUAUUUUAAAUACUGUUAAACCGGAAAUUGUUCUGAAAGAGCAAUUCAAUCAAAGCCAACAAGCAAUUGUGUUAACAACAAAAAAACCUGAGGUGUUCUUUAUAAAAUACCAAGAUAAUGCAAAUAUUAAAACAACGACAUUUCCACCAAACCAUAAACCAGAUGAUUCUUCAGAUACGAUUUCUGACGGCAGCGGUUUGAUAGACAUACGAUCUGGAAUCGAUGAAAGUAACACCCUGGAUAGUGAACACGAGUCCAAUGAACAUUCCUCAUAUAAUGUUCCCUUAAAUUAA